GGUGUAGUAUAUUGUACUGUCAUCAUUAAGACAGAAUUUCGUCACCAAUGUUUUCCUGUGGCAGUCUGAUCUCGCCGCUUGUGUAUCCAUCUGACCAGUGUCGGUAAUAACUGCAUCAUUGACAUAUACACAUGUACAAACAUUACUGAAUAAAAGUCACCAGUUAGUGUUUUACUGGACAGCUCGCGAACAACCACCCUGACAUCACAUGGACAAGCUUGAUUCUCACCUGUAGCUGAUUAGCGGGAUACCCCUGGGUGUUAGGUCUACAGAGAUCAAUCACUUCUACACCUGACCACACCUAUAUAUCACUGGACAUUCUGGCUAGGAGAAAGGAAGGCCACAACAACGAUGAGGAAGCAGACACUUUUGGCGAUGAAAUUACAGGCAAUAUGGGCGAUACUUUUUGUCACUACAGUGCUACCCGUAAUGGGCAAAAUAUCUCAGAUACACUUAAGUUUCGGUUCAACGAUUGACAUCAUGAAGGUCACGUGGUCGACUUCUGCUGCUGUCAUGUGUCAUGCUGAAUAUUGGGCAACUGAUGGACAGCGCAUGCGCGUGGAAGCCCGUCAUUCGGAGCUGCUUACAAACAAUUGGAAUGCCAUGAGAUUUAUACACAUGGCCGAAAUGUUGAACUUGUCACCUCUGCAGAACUAUAGAUAUAUACUUCAAUGUAGUAACGAGACAAGCGAGGAAUUUUCUUUUACAACACAAGCCCAGACACAUGACCGACCUGUUAAGUUUCUUGUUUACGGAGACAUGGGAUUUGACAAAGGCCAGAAAACGGUGGAAGUUCUAAAAACGGAAGUGACGACACAAAACUAUGACGCUGUUUGGCAUAUAGGAGAUAUUUCUUACAACCUUGAAAGUAAUGGAGGUUCGGUCGGCGAUCUGUUUAUGGAGCUUAUUCAGCCAAUUGCAGCACACGUGCCGUAUAUGACGUCACCCGGAAAUCACGAGCUAGCCGAUAGUCUCCAUCAAUACCGGACACGAUUCUCCAUGCCAGGAGUCGACUGGCCGAUGCCUCUUGACCAUCUCUGGUACAGUUAUAAUGUCGGACCUGUUCACUUCAUCAGUUUUUCUUCGGAGGUUUAUUUCAUUAAUAAUGCUUACUUCGUUUGUAAGCAAUUCUAUUGGCUGUUGGAUGAUUUAACACAAGCCAAUCAGAACAGAGACAAACAACCGUGGAUAGUUGCAAUGGGUCAUAGACCUUUGUACUGUUCUAACAAUGACGCUGACGACUGCACGGGCCGAAUAUUCGGUCAUCUUGUCAAGAAUGGCCUUGAAGAUCUCUUCUAUGCUCAAGGUGUAGACUUAAUACUUCAAGCUCAUGAACAUUCCUAUGAACGUCUUUGGCCUGUUUACAAGGAUAAGGUUAUUGCCAAGAACUAUAAUCACCCACAAGCUCCGGUACAUAUAAUUACCGGCGCCGCCGGAAGUGGAGAAGGAGCUGAUCCUAUAGGUCAUAGAGGUCCAUGGUCAGCUUUUGCAUCAGCAGAAGGAAGCCUGAAUUCCUUCGGACGUCUCGUCGUGUACAACUCGAGUCACCUCUAUUUCGAGCAAGUGAAGGUCAAGGAUGGACAGCCACUGGACAGUGUAUGGGUUGUCCAGUCCCAUCACGGACCUAACGUACCGAACCUGAACUGUUACACUUCGGAAGCACAUAAUUCAUGCAAGUGUCCGUUUCCAUUUUAUUAUAUCACGGUAAUAAUUGUGAGUGCAGUGAUAAUCCUGAUUGUCAUUUCUACGUGCAUAUACUGCUGUUGUUUAUGGAAGAAGAAAAAGAAACCAGUUUGUUUCAAAAAUUGUAGCUCCAAUCCAAAACCUGUUCACGCACGCUUGCUCGACAGCGACGAAGAUGAGGAUUUGAUAAUAUGACCAACUUGUUGAUACACCCCCUGCUAUUGACAAAGCGAUUAAUCCACUAAGGCCACUUCCUGCCUUGAGAACACUCAUAACUGAAAGCUCACUAGGAAAACGUAAAAUGAAUACUUAAGUGUGAAGGGAUUAAUAGUGCUAAAUCUUAGGAUCUGCCUUAAGCUGCGCUGAAAAUUGAUUUGCGAUAUAUUUAGCGCGGUACGUUAACUUAACACUCAACAAGUGUUUGCUAGCGAGAUGCCUUUAUAUGCCAUCCUGUGUAGUAUAGUGACAUGUUCCGUUAUAUAACGUGUUUUUGUGAUACUUGAUUUUUUCGCACGUACCAAAUUUUUGCGAAUCUAGCAAAACAUUAAAAAUGCGGAAUUUGCAUGUCUCAUUUUUAUUGUAAACGUGUUGACGUUUCUACUUGUGAUUAUACUUCUGUGGAAAAUAAACGCUAGAUGGGAUGUAAAUCUCUAAUUAAGUGUGACUGGUCAGGCAGACCUCCAGCUGAUAAUAGAUAUGUAAGCUAUGUCCAUUCUAAAGUAUUCAUAGCAUUCUAAAGAGACCUUUCAAAACUUCUGAGGCGAUGAAACUGAAAAAGUGAAAGACACAUAAAUUAUAAAUGUAUAUUUUGGAGAUUUUCGCAAAAAUUGCACAGUGCAACAAUGUCCUGAUAUACAGGGAUUUAUUUAUAAUGAUUACAUUAUGCUAUUUUUUACGUAAACUUAAGGUGCUAUAAGAAGACGACUUAAUGGCAGAAGACUCCAGAAUUAUUGUUUCAAGUAGUUUUAAAUCAGCACUGAUACAGAUGUUAAAGUGAUGUCAAUCUGUUAUCAGAUAUACCUACGACUUUCAGUAGGAUUAUAGUAGGAGUACAAACAGUACACCAAUUAUAGCUUUUAUAUCCUUGCCAAUGUCGGGAACGUGCUCUACUCUCUAUGAGUUGUCAAAGGACAGGCAACGUUUGUGAUAAUUUAAAUCGUUUAAGAUCGAUAUCCUCUAGUGCCUUGUGUCGGGGAAAGAACACCGAUACUUUAUUUGCUCUCCGUUAUAUGCAAUACAUCAGGAUAUGCGAUAAAUUUUCUCGUAGUUGAAUGUGAAAAAUAGGUUUGUUUAAUGUUUAACCAGGGUUGUACUGUGAUAUCUCACAAUAAAGAGUGCCAAAACAGCGUUAUCAAUUCACACUCAGUGACUUUGUUAGGUGUUACAAGCUAUAAUACGUUUUUGUACAUUUAGACAAAUACUCAGAACAUGCGGACUGUGCUCAUGAAAUGCUAUUCUUUUCUAUCCUUAUUUUGUAGUUUGUUGAGUUUAAGUAUUUUUAAACGUGUUGAUAUGAUAUACCUGUUUGACGUCAUGUACAGCCCUGAAUUAUCGUUUUCGAAAAGAAAUAUUGAGGCAUAUUUAUUAUUGUGUUUAUUUUCAUGUAAUCGACUUACUUGAUUCUUUACUGCCCACACCGAAUAAUUCCACAUACUGUUUUAUACGCAAAUAUCAGAUUGCCACCAUUUUGAAGACUGUACAGUUGUAUAUAUCGCUGACAGUAUUAAUUUUUGCUAACUCCAGUUACAUCUCCGGUUUUCAUUUUUGUUAUUUCAACUUCCUCAUUCUUUUUGCCUGAAUGUACAUUUGACAUUUUCUUCGUUCCCUUUGGUCACUAUGUUAAGGAAAACAUUGUGUUAAUGAGUACCUCAGUGUUUGUAUAACUGUACAUGUUAACUUUGACUAUAGUCGAUGAUCUCAAGUUGUGAGAGACAAAUGACUUGGAUGUAGAAGUUUUGUAACCAUUAGUCCAAUGUCGUUGCGUAUCAAAUUAUUUAUACAUAGUUUACUCUGAUAAAUAUGAUACUGAUAGACACAUCCACAUAAAGUAUAAUAUAUAUGUAAUUUACACAUUUAUAAAUAUAUAGAUAUGUAUUUUGAUGGCUUUAUUUUACCGAUUUAUAAAAUGUAUAAUUCCACACACUUUAAUUCGACCAUUGUUUAAGAUAUAUGUACAUUGUAUCAUUCCAUUAAGCGGUACCAUUUCGUACUUAAUAGACAUAUAAUUGUGUAAAUUUAUACAUCAUCAGACACACUCGUAAAUUAUUUUAAUUUUCGUAGUGAAUGACCGAAAAAUACUCUUUAUACGUGGAAACACACGUAAAUUAUUUUAAAUUCAUAUGUAUAUGUAUAAAUGUUCGUAGUUAAUGGCCAAAAAACUCUUUAUACGUGGAAACACACGUAAAUUAUUUUAAUAUCAUAUGUAUAUGAUUGAAUUUGAAUGGCCAAAAAUACUCUUUAAACGCGGAAAGAAAGAAAUCGUUGUUUCAUAGAAGGCCGCUUCACAUAUGGAUGCAAGGUUGAAUGGUUCCGAUUUAGAAACUGUGCUUGGUGUCUGUGAAUAACGUGAUUAAUAUCUAAUGUUCUUCAGCAUUGCUUACGAUGGUUAACCUAUAACCGCGUUGAACAAGGUAAGGGAUACAAACAAAACACAAAUAAUGACAUUUUCCUGGCACUAUUUUCAGAUACUGACGGUAUAAUGAGGUUUGCUGCGGAAUAUUUACUUGUGAACAACAUGUUUAGCACAGUUUAUGAAGCUGAACAUGUUGACAAAGAUUGCCAUUGUUUGUUAGUGUUAGGUGUCUUACCCAGUUUUGACAUCAACCAGGUGAUCAGCAACCUACCAAACGAUAGUCAGUACAGCUAACAUACUGUUACUCUGUACAAAGUUCGAUCUCUCUCCGUUUGUUUCUAUAUCUAUGAUUAAGUUCACUUUAAGUUUUAAGUGUCAUGUUGCAGAAUUUUCAACUUUAGCGAGUCAUACUAUCAUUUAUACAACAAAUACGCUAAUGUAUUUACUGUUAUUUGUAUGUCGUGUCGUUUUAAUUGUGUGUCUGAGUACUUUGUUUUAUAUGCGAUAUGUGUAACUUAAUCAAUCUUUAAGUAUUUCUACUUCUUUUCUUGAAAAUCAUAAAUAUAUUCCUUAUUUACAUUCCCUUUGUGUAUGUUUUCAAUUUUUAUAAUCAUUUCCUCUGUAUGUAGUUCAAUGAUGUAACAUCUGUUAUUGUAAAAAGUGGUGUAUCUGAGGUAGUUUAUUUCAUGUGUUCCUUUUUUGAUGUUGUAUGUACAUGCAUUGUUCGCGCUGAUAAUUGUGUAUGUAUUGUGUAUACAAGAUGACUUAUGUAUUAUUAAUGCGAGUGUAAGAAAUUUGAUGGUUUAUAUUACGAAUAAUGGUAUGCUUAG